AUGUCUCGGCAGUCAAUCUGCAGAAGCUUUGGAGGCGGAAGCAGAAGGGGAUACAGCUCUUGCUCUGCCAUCGGUGGUGGCUUUGGAGGAAGUGGGGGCAGAAGCAGGAUCAGCUAUAGCUCGUUCUCCACAUGCAGGGGAACUGGAGGCGCCGGACGUUGUGGAGGUUUUAGCAGCAGGAGCCUCCACAACAUGGGUGGCAGCGGAAGGAUUUCCAUGGGUGGCUCUUAUGGCGGUGGAUACGGAUGUAGAAUUGUUGGCUUUGGUGGAGGCUAUGGAGGAGGAUUUGGCAGCAUUGGAGGAGGUGUCAUUGGUGGAGGAAUAGGCAGCUUUGGUGGCCCUGUGAGAGGUGGUCCUGGGUUCCCCGGAGGCAUCCAGCCGGUGCAGGUUGACACAACCCUCCUGCGGCCAGUCCAUGUUGAUAUUGAUCCUCAGAUCCAGCAAGUGAAGUGCCAGGAGAAGGAGCAGAUCAAGACUCUUAACAAUCAGUUUGCUUCCUUCAUUGACAAGGUGCGCUUCCUGGAGCAACAGAACAAGGUGCUCUCCACCAAGUGGGAGCUCCUGCAGCAGCAAGGGCCCUCAGGGCCGAGGAAGAACCUGGAUGUCCUCUUUGAGAAUUACAUCCAGAACCUGAGGAGGAGGCUCGAGUCUCUAGUGGGUCAGAGGGGAGAGCUGGAGUCGGAACUGCAGAACAUGCGGCAAUACGUCGAGGAGUACAAAACCAAGUAUGAAGAAGAAAUCAACAGGCGCACGGCUGCUGAGAACGAGUUUGUGGUGCUGAAGAAGGAUGUGGACUGUGCCUACAUGACCAAAGUGGAGCUGGAAGCCAAGGUGGGAGCUCUGACCGACGAGAUCAACUUCCUGAGGUGCAUCUAUGAGGAGGAGCUGGCUCAGAUGCAGACGAUCAGCCGGGACUUGUCUGUGGUGGUGUCGAUGGACAACAACCGCCACUUGGACCUGGACAGCAUCAUCGAGGAGGUCAGGCGCCAGUACGAGCAGAUCGCUCAGAACAGCCGGGCUGAAGCUGAGGCUUGGUACCAGAGCCGGUAUGAAGAGCUGCAGAGCACAGCUGGCAGGCACGGGGACAGCCUGCGCAACACCAAGAUCGAGAUCCAGGAGCUGACCAGGAAUGUCCAGAGGCUGCGGGCUGAAAUUGAGAGCGUGAAGAAGCAGAACCAGCAGCUGCAGGCAGCUAUUGCUGAGGCCGAGGAGCGGGGUGAGAUGGCUCUGAAGGAUGCCAGGAGGAAACUGGAGGAGCUGGAAUGUGCCCUGAGCAAAGACAAGGAGGAGCUGGCUCGCCUGUUGAAGGAGUACCAGGAGCUGCUGAACAUCAAGAUUGCCCUGGAUGUGGAGAUUGCCAUGUACAGGAAGCUGCUGGAGGGAGAGGAGAACAGGCUGUGUGGAGACAAUCCAGCCAACGUGAAUGUCUCUGUGGUAGGCAGAACCACCAUUGCUGGAGGCAGAGUUGGUGGCUUUGGUGCCGGCAGUGGCAUGGGAGGAGGAGUAUGUGCGGUUGGAGGAGGAAGCAUCGUCGGAGGCAGCUGUGGAGUGGGAGGAGGGAUGUACAGCGGUGGCUUCUCCUCUGGCAGUGGAAGAAUGUGCAGCUCUGGAGGUGGCAGCUUCAUUACUGGAGGUGGAUCCUCCUCAGUACGGAGAUGUGUCACAACCACAACGGUCAAAUCUUCAGGUGUAAAAUACUGA